GCGCCCACGUGGUCCACCACGGACCACCAGCCCGGCGGCGCCCUCGCGCGGAGUACUAAAAAAACCCAGUAUAUUGUGAAAACUAAAAAUUUAAAAAAAUGGUUUGUUCAUUGCAUUUUUACCAUUUCCAAUUCCUCCUACACGUUUUGUUCCAUGCGGUGAGGGAGGUCGAGGGCGCACCUUAUUCUUGCUAUAAGUAUGCUUUCUUUCCUCUAACUCUGUAACUAUCUUUUUAGUCUGGUCUUGGAAGUUUGGUGGAAACCUCUGGUCUUUAUCCCUUCAUUUUUUAUUUCUACGUGCUUUGUGCACGAUGGCGUCCGAAAUGGAGCCAGCCAAAUUGGCACUUCGUUCACUGUUGUUGUCUGCACCGCGAGGUUUGUCUGCUGCGCAAAUUGCUGGAGAUUGGCAGGUGAUACUGUACAAAGCAUGCCCAUUCCGAGAGCUGGGCUUUUCCUCCGUUGAGCAGAUGCUUGAAGCUAUGCCGGACGUUGCCGAGCGUAACUAUAGUGGCAUUUAUACGGCUGUAGCAAAUAAAGCAACAGCUCAUAUCAAGGAGCUUGUUGAUAAGCAAAAGAAAGGUAAAAACAGCCGUACACGAGGCAGGCAAGCAGCGGCUCGUGCUCCUAGAGUGUUUUCAGCACCAACUCGUCGUCAGCCAAGUGCUACAGUUCGCCGUCAACCUGCUGGCUCAGCCACAUUCAGAGAUAGAUUGCAGUUUUCUUCAUCGAACCGUCCACCAAGUGCAGCCAGUACACAGUCUUCUGCAAGUUGUGGCUUAAGUGCUCCUCGUGUACCAUAUGGUAUACGAGAGGCAAUGCGGAAAUUGUUGGAGAUGUAUCCAAAUGGCCUUCCAGUUGAGAAAGUGGUGAGUGAGUUCACAAGUAAGGUGAGCAAGAAUGGACCACUGGUACCAGCCCGUAUGGGAUUUCAGUCAACCGAAGAGUUUCUUACCGCCAUGCCCGAUAUUGUGGUACUGCAGCAAAGGUCACGUGGUCAGGUUGCCUAUGCCAAAGUAACAAGAAGAGUGCCGGGCCCUUCAACAGCUCCAGCUUCUAGCCUGAGCAGCUUUUCAAGUACCUCUUUUCACCGACCUGUUGAGAAUCGUCCUAAUCCUUCAUCACCAGGGUCCACCUGGCUGAGGGUUGAGCACAAGGGUCGCGUUCGUGCAGCAACGCCUUCUGACGAUAGUGGCAAUGAUCACCUGGCAGCAGCAGGAGGUGAAGCCCAAGGUGGUGGAGAAGGCAGUUUUGAGACUUGGGAUGACCUUGAAGCUGCUCUCUAUGGUGAUGAGCUCUCCACCAACAACAAUGACAAGACUGACUCCAGUAACUCAAUGGCUGCUUCCCAAACUACCAGCCAAACUACUCGCUAUCCGAAUCGAUCUCCUAUUGCAACCAUUGCUCUAACAACAAGUCAAGUGUCAACGACGACAACAGCUUCGGUCAAGAUGGUCACAUCUUCAGUGACGUUGUCAUCUUCGGUGACUUCACCUUCAUCUGGCUCUCUUGGUGGUCCUGGCAACAAAUCUCCGCCAGCUGCCGUGCCAUCUGCUGUACCUCUGGAGCUGCGCAAGGAAAUCUAUCAGGUAUUAAGUCGUCGUCCACAAGGUGUGUUCUCAGCGAGACUUCCACAUGAGUACAAGAAAGCAUACAUGAAGGAGUUGAGUUAUUCUGCAAAUGGUUUUUCAAGUGUUGUGGAGUUGGCUGAUAACAUGAACGAUGUCUGCCAGAUAACCCGGCCUAAUGUGACUGGUGACUGGAUUCUGCUGCCCACUGCUAACCCUCCUCAAGAUGUCAUAGUAGACUAUGACGCCACGUUGAAGACGAUGAAGCACAAUGUAGAAGAGAUCCUCUCCACAGUAAGACAGGGUAUUCCAGUGGAUGAACUGCCCGCUAAGUACAAGAUGACGUAUCGACAAGAUCUUAUACCCAAUGCUCUUGGGCUGGACAUGAAAGCUCUGCUAGACAAGCUAUCGUCAACGGUUGGAAUAGAGUUGUCUCCAUCUGGUCGACGCCAGUUUGCAUGCCUACGGCAGUCAACACCUGCUUCCUGGCAACAGAGCUCAACUGCAACAAAGUCAUCAGCUCAUUCCACAGCAACUGCUAUGCCGAGAAACAAUGCUGGCACCUCAUCUGGCGGCAAACCGCUCUUUUCGGUAGCCGGUAGUAGUAUUAGUAGGAGUACUGGGAACCGGCUGGCAUCACCAGUAUUACCCAACUCAAGUCACUCGGUGGCAGCAGCAGCACUGCCAAUGUCACAUAGCCAGUCGGGCCCUAGUACAGGUGUUCGUAACAUACCUUGUGCCACCCUGCCAGCAGUGGAGGAAUGUGUCGAUGUGUACGUGUCACAUAUUGUCUCUCCAUCGCUUUUCUACGUGCAGAACACUUCUGUAGACGAACUUGAGGAGAUUAAUCAUAAAAUGAACGAACUAUACAAUACUCCAGCUCGCCGGGCUUUGUCUGUGACUGCGGAACGUGUCAGUGUCGGCAUGACCUGUUGUGCCAUGUUUGAUCAGACCUGGUAUAGGGCCGUUAUCUUGGACAUCAUCGGACUAGAUCGAGUUAAGGUGUUCUACAUUGACUAUGGUAACUCGGAAACUAUUCCACUGACCGAUAUUUGUAUACUUCGCCUUGAGUAUCGUUCACUGCCUGCACAAGCUAUGAAGUGCAAGCUUGCAUACAUUGAUCCUGUCAAUGAUCAGGAUUGGUCAACAGCAGCAUGUGAUCGAUUGAAGGAGCUAGCACCAGAAAACAUGAUUCUGUUCAUGAAUGUGGCCAUGCAGACUGAUGAUGGCGGUGUAUUGUCCGUGUUCCUGAUUGAUACGUCGGAACAGGACGAUGUUAACAUUGGUAAUCGGUUAGUUGAGCAGGGAUUGGCCAGUUUUGACUUUGACUCGUUCCAUUCAUCAACUCCUAUGGACAAUCAAGACGCAAUUCUCGCCAAUAAAAUGGCGGGAGCUGUAGCUGGUGCUGUAUCCAAUGGAGGUGAUCUAGAUGAUUUAGAGAAGUUGAUAUGUGCUGAAGUAGAGGAUGUCUCUGAAGACGGUGAUGCUGGAGUUUGUAAUGGAAUAGUGGAGACUGAUGGAGACGGAGAUGAUGAAGAUGACGAUGACGAUAUCAAGGUCUUAACUGUUCUGAUUGAUACACUGAAUGUCCGGCGUGGUCGUCUACUGGAUUCUAUGAAAGUUACGUUCAGUACGGAGAUUGUUGAAGAGAUGAAGUCACUUGAAGCUGUCAUUGAUGUGUCUGUAAAGAGACGCGAUGGAAUGCGAGCUGACAAGAAGAAACGUGCUGCUGCUGCUGCCCUUGAAGCAGCCACAGUCACUGCUGUAGGAACUACUGUGACAGCGUCUCGAUCUUCAUCUACUGCACAAUACCAGCAAUCAGGUCCUUUUCAGUCUUUGGCACAGACAUCCGUCCAUCCAUCAAGUCAACACUCUGCUAUGCCAUCCUCCUCUACUCCUAUACAACCUCCUGGAUUCAGUACAAAACCUGCAGCAGUAUGUGCUUUCACCUUUGCUUCUCAGUCCACUAAACUAACUCAAUCAUCACCAGUAGCAGCUGCAGGUAGUAGUAGUGGUGGUAGCGGUAGUGGUACAUUGCAGUCUGGAGCAUGUAGCGUCUCGUCAACUGACUCCCCAUCUACAUCAAGCGUAGCUCCACCAAUGACUGCUUUUGGUGGUGAUACCGUGUCAAGCGCAGCUGACAUUGUAGAAGUACUUCCUGCCACUGACUACUCCCCAGUCAUGGCGGCAUGCGCUACAAGCUCAGCAGCAUCACCAACAUUUGCAGCAGUAUCCAGUGAAGCACCUUCAGCCUGGUCCACUUGUCAACACCCCACAAGCAACAUCUUAUCUUCUCCAUCGACUCUAGUCUCCUCUGCUUCAUCAGUGACGUCACCAUCAUUAUCAUCGUCCAUCCCUCUACAUCUACGUUGUUCUGACAAGCAGACGACGGUCCUGGGGAGAGGACGUUCAAUUGGACGCGGCAUUCUGCUCACCCACACCAACAAAUGCCUUUCCAAUGGUGUUGUUGGUGGUAUGAAUGCUUUGGCAAUAUCAUCGUCGCCUUCUAAGCGAACUGCUUUAUCAAUGUCAGCAGAAGCACAAGUAGCAACUGGCUACAGCUUAAACAGCAGCACCGGCGACGCCAAUGCUGUUGAAGCAACUACUGUAUCGUCAGUGGUCAGCAAUGCCACUGUAACUGUCGCGCCAGCAGCAAUAACACCAGCAGCGCCAGCAGCAAUAACACCGGCAGCGCCAACAGGAGUAGCAGCGCCAUCGGCAGCACGUUUGUUGAAUCAUGGUGAGGAGCAGACUAUUAAUGGUACAACUAGUCUAGAUAUCAGUGCGCAUCCGUUCAGGCCACCACUUUCCAUGCAAGUGAAAUUGCAAUCGCAGCCAACAAUUGCUCCUGCCAGCAGCAAUGGACGAUCGAUAGUAACUGCUGACCUUGUGUCAGAUGAUGUAACACAACAAACCACACAGUGGUCUUCCGCUGAAAGUGGUGGUGCUGCGUCUCCAUCCUAUAUGUGCCAACAACAACAACGACGACAGGGCAGUGGUGUUAACAAUCAUCCUUGUGGAUCACCAUCGCUCUUGUCACCAUCAACGAUGGUACGGGAGGAAGAGACAGUAGCUGGCGUUAGUGGAGAUGAUGAUGACCAUAUGGUAACAUCGGCUAUUGAAUGCCCGCCAUACCUACCACCGGUAGAGCCACUACCACCUGAUUUUAAUUUUUACGCACAAAUUGCUGCUAUCAAGAAUCCUCAUCAUCAGCAAUCUCUACCAGCGCCUGGGAAUCCUCAUCAUCAGCAAUCUCAGCGCGCUCUAGCAGCGCCUGGCAUAACGCCACCACCAUCACCGGCUCAGCGUCAUCAGCAUCCGCAGCAGCAGCACCACCGUUACCAUAACAACGGCAUGAGUAACAGUAAUGCUCUUCUACCCUUACCUGGCGGCGGCGGCACACCUCCACAUGCCGCCAUGCAUCGUCCACCGCUUGGACCCCCCCGUCAGCCUGGACCACCUGGAUUUACUAAUCAUGCAAACAUGGGAAGGGAGAAUCUAUGGGCGCGACCUUCAUUAGCCAGCCAGGCAGCACGUCUUCCAGCAAAUGCAAUGUUGCGAUUAGAGAAUGGUGCGGCUCCUCACCAUUCCAGUACCAACUUACAGUUGGGUGUGUUUCGUGGUCCAUUUCCGGAAAUGCUUUGGCAACAGCAGCAGCAACACCAACAACAACAACAACAACAACAACAGGCAUAUUUUCGUCAGAGCACAACAUGCCAUCGGGUAAUGUAUAAUCCUGGACCUUCCUUUGCACCGGCUGCAGCAGCAGCGCUAUCACCCUCCAGGUCGCCAUCUCAUUCCACUCUGAUGAUGACGACAACAACUGACCGUGUUUUCACCCUAAUGCCGUCGCAGCAGCAACAGUAGCUGCAGCAAGCGGCAUCUGCUCUUUACUCCAUAAUCACUGUUGCAUGUUGCCUCUGGGGACUACGCCACCUGUUGUCUGUGUUUGCGUGUGCUUGUCUUGUUCUUGUCAGCAGUAUCCUGUCUGCUGCAACCCAUGUGCUAUGCUAGCUAUGCAACACAUUGUCACAAAUGACUAUGUUCUUAUGUUCAUGUAGGUGCUUGAGUGUGUGUGUGGGGGGGGGGGGGUGUGCAGGUGUGGGUGUGGUUUAUCUGUUCUGCCUGUAUGACUGUAUUCCACUGACCAUGUCUUUACACCGCCCUACUUCUGUGACGUUUUACGGAUUUUUAGCUUUAAAACCAUGACUGUGUGUUGUGCUUAUCUUGUCUUAUUCAUCAGGUUUAGCCUUUUGAAUAAUAUUGUGUUUUCCAACCAUCUCCAUGAACUUACUUCUGUCGAAGCUUUCUAUUAUUUAUCUUUCACAUUGUCUUGACUUCUUCAUCCAUAUCUGACUGGCCACAGCGAAAACUGUA